UAAGGCAAUACACCUCAAAUUGCCUUGUGUAGUUGUGUUUUGGAGGAACAUGUGCUUUGGAUCCGAGUGACCCACAUGUAAACCGUCUUCUAAAAGCAAAGUUUCUCGAGUUGGGAGAAAGGAAAGUGGAAGUGAAACCCCAAACCCAAAGUGGCAGAACCAAAGAGGCAUACCAAUCUAUCAAUCCAUCCUGGCUUCUUCAGAUACAUGGAAACGCCUCUUCCCAACACGAAGAACCAGUAGACGAAUUCUCCCACCAUUCCCAACAAUGCUUAACAUUAACCUCUUCAAGUUUUGCUCCUUUCUCAGAGUCCUUGGCUACCUCAUGAUCCUCUUGUUCGCCGCUAUCGUUUCUCUCACCUACUACGCCGUCGUUUUCGUCACGUGGGGCCCGCUCUUGUUUCCAUCUUUCUCCUUCUUAGCCUUCUUCGUUCUCCUCAUCUUUCACACUCUCCUUGUGCUAUUAACUUGGUCCUAUUCUAUGGCGGUUCUCAAGGAUCCAGGUUCUGUUCCUCAAAAUUGGAGACCGCAUCAACAGUUUUUACAGGUGGAGCUAGAUGAUCACCGCAAUUUACAUGUUGCAGGUCCACCACCUUCCCGCGAGUUCGAUGAGGCGGCGGUGAUAACAACAGCAACAUCCUCCGCCGGUUACUGUACUCGGUGCCAAAGCGCCAGGCCACCACGUUGUCAUCACUGCUCCAUUUGUCAAAGGUGUGUUCUUAAGAUGGAUCAUCAUUGUAUUUGGGUGGUUAAUUGUGUCGGGGCACGGAAUUACAAGUAUUUUCUUCUCUUUUUGCUGUAUACAUUCCUCGAGACAACACUGGUUUGCUUAGCUCUGAUACCUGAUUUUAUUAGAUUCUUUGGGGGAACCAACUUAACCAAGACUCGUAAAUUGUCUCCCGGGGCCUUUUCUGCAAUUUUCUUGACUUCUAUUCUCAAUUUAGCCUUUGCGCUGAGUCUUCUCUGUUUCGUAGUUAUGCAUUUAUCUCUUCUGUUAAGCAACACAACUUCAGUAGAGGUUCAUGAAAAGAAAAAAGGAAUCAUGUGGAGGUACGACUUGGGAAGGAAGACAAAUUUUGAGCAGGUUUUUGGCACAAAGAAGGCCCUAUGGUUGCUUCCAUUGUUUUCAGAAGAGGAUUUAGUCAACAUACCUGCACUAAGGGGCAUCGAGUUUCCAACACGUUCAGAUGUUGAUGUUUGAAGAACAGGGAGCUUGUGGGGUAAACCGGCAUCAAGUAAUCAAGAAGUUAAUUUUGGUGUUCCAUUCUUAUUGAUGGUCAGAUCUUAUCACUCAACUACCUCUCAUUCAAGCAACAAGAUGCACAAAAUGGAAAGGAGGUUGGAUUCUCCCUGGUAAUUCGUUUAUUUUUAAUGAACGGAGAGUCUUGUUUUUUGUUCGAGAUACAUGAUGCUAGAUUACAAGUCAGGUUACUAUAGCAGAAGCCAUGCUAUUAAGAUUUGAUUCAGUGUAAAAAAAUUUCUGAAACUGGCAUCUGAUUUGUGCUGGUUGCUGGGUGAAAACUUGUUUUCUUGGAUUUCAUUUUUUAGAAAGAUCCUAUUCAAGCUAAA